ACCUAAUCCAAAAACCCCCAAAAGAAGAGGAAGAAUAAGUAAUAAAUUUGUGAUGGGAAGAGAUUUAUCGCGUUCCAGAUCGCCGUCGAAUCAUAGGCGUAGUAGAAAAAGUCACAGGGGACGAAGUCGGUCGCCUUACAGCAGGUUACCCCGUUCAAUCCCUCCCUGAAACCCCCUCCCCACAAUCACCCUUUGAAUUUUUGACUAAUUAUAAUGUUAUUGAUGAAUGUAUGUUGUUUUUUUCUGAGGGGAGGAUGUUUCAAACUGUAUGUCACAACGGUUUUGGAGUCUAAUUGAUUGUUUGGUUGGGUUCAGAUAGUUUUUUUUCUCUGUUUGAGAGGUAAUUCGAGGGCGGAACAGCCUAUUGGACCGAAAUAAUAGGUGUAUAACCCUUCUUUGAUAUAAUGGAGAAAUAGUCAUUAGUGAUUGGGGCGUGGUACGUGUGUAGGUAUGUGAUUAAUGUAAUACAGAUUAAAUUUAGUCUUGUAUAAACUAUUUCCACGAGGGUUAAAGUUGAGCUUGCGUUUCUUGUUUACCUUUCCUUACUGGAUCGACUCUUUCUUUUCGCUGGCUUUAUGUAAUGAUCAUAAUAUGUUAUAUAAAAUGCAACGUUUAGGUGGAAAUGCCCACUGUUUUGGUUUUCUUAUUUAUAAUGAGUUACAAUAUAACUGGGGAAUAGUUGCUGAGCUUCCACACUCUUCUUUAUAGGCAAUGUUGUCUUAUUUUUUAUUUACUGCGUUAUUAGUUACUGUUGGCUGUGUAAUUCAUCCAAUAAUAGUCAAAUAUUUGCUGGACAAAGUCAAUUUUGUCGUUUGCUUUCCUGGUUGUGAAGAUGGUCAACAUGGAUUUUAUAGGCGAGUUAAUCUGUAAAAUGCUGUAAGAAUAGGAUGCCGUACUUUCCUUGUAAGAACUUGAGAGAAGUUGCUUCCCGUUAUUGGGAGGUGAGGAGGUAAUAUUUGCUGCUGGCUUUUACUUUGUUCCUCCAUUGUGACUAUCAACAUCAUGUGAAUAAAGAUGGAGCACCUCAAAGAUUUUUGUUUACAGUUUAAUGAGAAGAAAAAGUCGUUCUAUUUCCCCACGUCGCAACAAAAAUCGUUCUCGCACCCCAAGGCGUCAUAGAAGUCGUUCAACAUCACCUAGACGCUAUAGGCGGCGGCGAAGUAACAGCACUUCGUUGUCUCCUCUACGUAAAUCUCCUAGUCCAAGCCUUGACUCAAUAGAGCAGAAAAUUGCCAGUGAGAAGUUGAAAUUAGAAAAAGAGAAGCAAAGGCGCCAGGUGGAAGCUGAGUUAAAACUAAUUGAGGAGGAAACUGCUAGGAGAGUGGAGGAAACAAUUCGUAAAAUAGUUGCUGAUAGCUUGGACUCCGAGGAGAUCAAGCUACAAAUACAGAGGCAGUUGGAGGAAGGUAGAAAGAAAUUACAUGAAGAGGUUGCUGCUGAACUCGAGAGAGAAAAACAAGCUGCUCAGCUUGAUGCUCAGCGGAAAGAGGAACAAGCUCGAAAGGAGAAACAAGAACUUGAAAAGAUGCUGGAAGAGAACCGACGGAGGCUUGAGGAGGCUCAGAGAAAGGAAGCACUAGAGCAGCAGCAAAAGGAAGAGGAACGAUAUCGAGAAUUAGAAGAGAUGCAAAGGCAGAAGGAAGAAGCUAUGCAAAGGAAGAAACAACAAGAGGAGGAAGAACGGGCAAAACAGAUGAAGUUACUUGGCAAGAACAAAUCUAGGCCAAAACUGUCAUUUGCCCUUAAUUCAAAAUGAGCUAAAUUUAGAUAUAUGGAGUUUCGAAUUGGAAUGUAUGACAGUAUAAUUUCUCAUGUUACAUAAUGGAUGGAAUUUUGGUGCUCAA